GUGCGUGGCCGCCCGGGGCCAUGGCGGCGCUGUGCGUCGUCUGCUUACUUCUCGGGGCAGUGUCCUGGCAGUCGGUCUGGGCCUCGGGCGAGGAGUUCUGGCCCGGCCAGUCGGCGGCCGACAUCCUGUCGGGAGCAGCGUCCCGCAGAAGGUACCUUCUGUAUGAUGUCAACCCCCCAGAGGGUUUCAACCUCCGCAGGGAUGUGUACAUCCGAAUCGCCUCCCUCCUGAAGACCCUGCUGAAGACUGAGGAGUGGGUGCUGGUGCUGCCCCCCUGGGGCCGUCUCUACCACUGGCAGAGCCCCGACAUUCACCAGGUCCGAAUUCCCUGGUCCGACUUUUUUGAUCUUCCAAGUCUCAACAGAAACAUCCCCGUCAUUGAAUAUGAGCAGUUCAUUGCAGAGUCCGGUGGGCCCUUCAUCGACCAGGUGUACGUCCUGCAAGGUUACGCAGAAGGGUGGAAAGAGGGGACCUGGGAAGAGAAGGUCGACGACCGGCCCUGCCUUGACCCGCUGCUGUAUUCGCAGGACAAGCACGAGUACUACAGAGGAUGGUUUUGGGGUUACGAAGAAACAAGGGGUCUAAACGUGUCCUGUCUGUCUGUUCAAGGAUCGGCAUCCAUCAUCGCGCCUGUGCUUUUGAGAAACACGUCAGCACGGUCCGUGAUGUUAGACAGAGCCGAGAACCUCCUGCACGACCACUACGGAGGGAAGGAGUACUGGGACACACGGCGGAGCAUGGUGUUUGCCGAGCGCCUGCGGGCGGCAGGCGACGAGUUCCGAAGCAAACACCUUAACUCCACGGACGAGGCCGACGGGAUCCCCUACGAGGAGGACUGGACCAAGAUGAAGGUCAGGCUGGGCUCCUCGCGGGGGGGCCCGUACCUCGCCGUCCACCUGAGAAGGAAAGACUUCAUCUGGGGCCACAGGGAGGACGUGCCCAGUCUGGACGGCGCUGUGAAGAGGAUCCGCAGCCUCAUGGAGAGCCACGGGCUGGACAGAGUGUUUGUGGCCACAGACGCUGUCAGGACGGAACACGAGGAGCUGAAAAAGCUGCUACCGGAGAUGGUGAGGUUCGAGCCCACGUGGGAGGAGCUGGAGCUCUACAAAGACGGGGGUGUGGCCAUCAUCGACCAGUGGAUCUGCUCACACGCCAGGUUCUUCAUCGGCACCUCGGUCUCCACGUUCUCCUUUCGGAUUCAUGAGGAAAGAGAGAUCCUAGGGCUGGACCCCAAGACCACGUACAACCGCUUCUGUGGGGACCAGGAGAAGGUGUGCGAGCAGCCCACGCACUGGAAGAUCGCGUACUAAGCUGGCACCUCGGGGGCCCCAUGCCUUGCACCCGUUUUACACUCAGUGGGCUUGCUGGCUUCCUGUAAGGACACAGGUCACCAUGGGGUCACUCCUGCCCCUGGCCAGCAGCUAGACA